GUGAAAGAACCACUUCCGCCUCGGCUCCAUUUAACGUUUCCCGUGAUGCUCCGCGCGCCGCCGCUGCUUCCUGUUUAUUGUCUCCGCCGGUUACCGUUCAGGCGCAGCUGUGAUGGAUUCAGAGGCGGAGCUCUCGGUGUCGGAGGCGGAGCUUGGCGCUGACUUCAUCACGGUGGAGCUAGACACGCAGCCAAUCGAAUACGUCGUCAAAUGGGCCGAGGUCGGGUCAAAGUUCACUAUCUCCUGCCUCAAAGCCGACCAAUCGGAGCUCGGCGACGCACUCAAGAGGGACGACAGUGAAUCAGAGCUCGCCGAGGAGCUGCGGGUCGACCAAUCAGAGUUGCAGAUGGAUGUGGCGGACUCGUUCCUGGCGCCAUACGAGGAGGUGUACUGCGACCCCUGCGACCCUUGCGACCCCUGUGAGGUCACCCACAGCGUGGAGGUCCGAACUGACUGGGACUCGGGAUCGGAACAGGAUCUGGAGCUGAACCUGGGCUCGGCUCAGCUCACAGAGGUGGGCCACAUGAGUGAAGUGGGCCAUCUGAGCGAGGUAGUGCUGGAGAGUUCUCAGCCAGACUCGGAUCCGGACCUGGAUCAGUCUGAGUCGGAAGAGCGUCAGUACCGCUGCUCGUACUGCGGGAAAGCCUACAGCCACGCCUCCAGCCUCUACCGCCACCAGCAGAGCCACACGGGCAAAACUAGCACCAAGAGACCAAGCCACGAGUCCAGACCACACACCUGCCCACACUGCGGGCUCAGCUUCAAAGGAAGCAGGAUGCUGGGGAGUCACCUGCGUCUCCACGGGAAACGUCGCAUUCAUCCGUGUAACAUUUGCGGUAAAGAGUUUAACCACAGCUCCAGUCUGUCACGGCACCGGCUCAUCCAUAAGAAAGGAAAGAAGGACCACCCCAAGAUGGCCACCCACCCCCACGCACCCGCUCACUCCAACAUGACCACCCUGCACCCUGUGAAGGGGAGGCGGGGCAAACGACCCCCUGCAGCCACGCCCCUUCACCCCUCCAAACUCUACGCCUGCCCCCAAUGUGACAUGAGCUUCAAGAGCUCUGCCCAGCUCAACAAGCACCAGGUGACCCACGUGAGGGCGCUUCUUGGCGGUUUCCCACCCAAAGACAAGGAGAACGUGUCUGAGUCUCAGUCCGACUUAAAGAUUCGUCUGAAGCUUUGCUCUCGGGACAAACCCAACGUGUACACGCUGUGCGAGAAGAGGAGGCGGGGCCUGCUGCCCUCUGACCCUUCCUCCGCGUCUUCUGGGUCGGAGGAGGAUGAGCCCCCGGCGCGUGGACGCCAUCAUCGCUGCUCUCAAUGUGGCAAACGCUUCGGCCAUGCCUCCAGCCUCACGCGACAUCUGCAGACACACAUGAAGAGCCGCCUAAGCUCCGCCCACCGCCGCUCUGGCAAAACCUACACCUGCGGUGUGUGCGGAAAGUCCUUCCUCCACUCGUCCUCGUUCUCCCGCCACAAGAGGGCACACCGCGAGCAGCAGGAGCGGCUUCAGGAGACUGCGCCCAUAGAGUCAGAGUCCGACUGAGCCCCCCCCCCCCCCCCCCAGAAAGCCCCCCACACACACACACACAGAGAGAGAGACCCCCCCCCCCCCCACAGAGAUCCCCCCCAGUACCCCAUCCCAUUGUAAGUCUCACUGAGCCCCGCCCACAAAGCCCAAAUACAGCCGCAGCUCCACCCCCCCGGGCUCAGGCAGACAGCAUACACGGCCCAACAAAAGCCCUGCCCCCAGAGCCCCACCCCAUCGGCUGUAACAUGACCUCACAGCCCUUAUAAGGCCUCUGGCCACACUCCUCCUUCACUCCAACUGAGGAAUUCUGGGAAAACGUAGUCUCUGGACACACCCAGUUUUGGCCCUGCCCUCUUUCCUUUUGAUUUUUGAGACAGCGCCCUGUUCAGGUCACAUCAGUUUUUGCAGCACUUUUUGUUUUUGACUCCAGUUCCUGCGAGCGGCUCUGGGUUCUGCAUUUGACCCAUUCUCCUAAAAACAGGACAAAACUCAAAUCAGAUGUUUUAAGUCUGAGAAGUCAACAUUUUGCCGGGUCUAAAAUUCUGCAAAAAUAAAAAUGAUUAAAUGAUUUUAAAAACUCUUUUGUUCAAAUAAAACCUAAUUUACAUAAAUCUGCAUAUUAAUGAGCCCAGACUCUGCAGUUGGCUCAAAGUCAACUUUAAAUCUUACCAAUAAUAAAUAUAAAAUGUAUGUUUGUUUUUUGGCGAAUUUGGUGAAGGCUCUGAACCCUGAGCCGGCUCUGCCCCUAGAGUUAGAGCGAGCGAAUUGAUUGGCUGUUGGCUGCGUUCUGAUUGGUGUUCUGGUUAUUUUAAAUUGUUGUGCGUUUCCUGUUCCCACCUCCUUGUAUUUAUGAAAUUGGACGAUGUUGUAACAUAUGAAUAUAAUUCUAUUUAAUGUGAUCAAAACCUGAGACUCCUCCCCCUCAGAGAGGACUCGAAUCACAGUUUGUACAGACCCACUGGCCUGCUCCACCCUGGGUCUGGGCCUGGCUCUGAACCAGGCUCAGGCUCUGGCUCUAACUCAGGGUCUAGACCUGGUCUGGAGCAGGCUGGUCCUUGUUGGUAGCGUUGUGUUGUAUCGUGUUCAAACCCUUUUGUAAUAAACAUUUGAAAGAAA